GUGGAAGAUGGGGCAGUUUCCCUCCUGCUCUAGGUGACUGACACCUGCUUGCCAUGGAGUCCCAAAGGAGAUAGAGGGACAGUAGUGGGAAUUUCUUCUCACCCUAUAAAAACACCCAAACAGUUGCCUAAUGGGAUUACCUCUCCUGCUGACGUCAUGGGGAGCUGCUGCAGUUGUCUGUGCAGAGACAGCAUCCCAGACAACCACCCCAGCAAAUUUAAGGUAACGAACGUGGACGAUGAAGGCAACGAGCUGGGAUCUGGGAUCAUGGAGCUGACACAGACGGAGCUCAUCUUGCACACUCACAAGCGGGACGCGGUCCGGUGGCCCUACCUCUGCCUGCGCCGCUACGGCUACGACUCCAACCUCUUCUCCUUCGAGAGCGGCCGCCGCUGCCAGACAGGGCAGGGGAUUUUUGCCUUCAAGUGUUCCAGAGCGGAGGAGAUCUUUAACCUGCUCCAGGACCUGAUGCAGUGUAACAGCAUCAACGUCGUGGAGGAGCCGGUUGUCAUCACCAGGAACAGUCACCCCACGGAGCGGGAGCUCUCCCGGACCCCCCAGGCACCCAGCAGUCUGGGGUACACCGUCCCAGGAUUUCCCAAUGGAUUUCACAGCUUCUCUGGAGAACCCCUGUCCUACUCGGCAGCCCGCCACCCCUCCGUGAGCAGCCUGAGGCAUUCCUCCGUGGGUGAAGACUCUACUCAUGCCCUCAUUGGGCCUGACGAGCAGUCCCACACCUACGUGAACACGGCCAAUGGUGAUCAGGAGCCGAGGGGCCGACACUGUAUGCACUCCUUGCCUGAAGCCCACCCUCCUUUCCCUCAUAGGAACCGCAGCUGCUCCCUCGAAGACCGCAACCCCCAGGUCUUUCUGCAGCCAGGGGAGGUGAAAUUCGUGUUGGGCCCCACGCCCAACUACAGGCGCAUCUCUCGGUACCCCCAGGAGUGCAGGACCCACUUCUGCGCCCCCAACAACAACAACGAGUGCGAGGGUGAGUGCCCCUCGCCCCAGUGCGUCUACGAAAACGUCAACGGCUUGCUGCCCCCCGGCAGCUCGUCCCUCUGCCGGGCCGGGCGCUUGAAAGUCCCCCGGGAGGACGUGGGCCCAGCCGGCUGCUCUCAGCGCAGGGCAGCCUUGCUGCACUACGAGAACUUGCCCUCGCUGCCUCCGGUGUGGGAGUGCCAGCCGCUCCGGCGGGGCGAGGAGGACGCUGGGGACGUGCUGACGCCUUCCCCCAACGGCUACCCCGAGGCUGGCGAAGAGGAUCCCCUGCAGAACUACAUGAACUCGGAGAGCACCGCGCUGCACGGGGGCAGCAGCCUGCGGCGCGGCGGCUUCCUGCCCAAACCCCGUCGGGGCUGCGUGCCCAACGUCUUCAGCUUCGAUUUCCCCCGGCCCCGGCUGGAGCAGCCGCGGCAGCUCAACUACAUCCAGGUGGAGCUGGAGGCUGAGCCUCGCAAGGGGCACGCGAAGCCCCCGGCCCCCUGUGCUGCACCUCCUGGUGCCCACGAAGCCCGCCGGACGGACUCCUACGCCAUCAUUGACCUCAAAAAGACAGCAGCCAUGUCCAAUUUGCAAAGGGCCCUGCCGAGGGAUGACGGGACUUCGCGGAAAACUCGACAUAACAGCACUGACCUGCCUCUGUGAGGGGCGCUGCCGAGUGCGAGCACUGUGUUGUGGCUUUGGUACCUGCCCUUCAGUGUGACUUCCGUUCGCCAUCGCCCUCUGCUUCCCCGUUACCCCAUUUCCUGGUGUCAUGGGAUGGGUCCUACAGCUGAUGUUAAGGCUAGUCUGUCCGUCUGUCUUCCCCUCCCUGUCUCUCCCGUGUAGUUUGUUUUAUAAAGCCUUACGGGAUACUGGAAGCCGCUGUGUGGAGGUGAACAGAGGGGCAGAAGGUGGCAGCAGGAGGUGGCGCUGUGCGGGUGCCACCUCGGACAGGGCUAACUCUGAUUUUCCGGCAGCUCCGUGGGCAGUGCAGGCAGCCUGGCUGCAGAGCCGGGGCACGGUGGAGAGGCGGUUCCAAAAACGAGGUGCUGGGGGAGCUCCACAGCAAAUCAAGCUCAAACCCAUCUCCCGUGGAUUUCACGGCUCCGGGGGCAGCGAGCUCUGCGGUCAGGCCACUCCAAAGUCAGUCUUGCCUUGUGCUUUCCGUGGUCCCUGACGCCACGGGAGCUCAUGCUGCAGUCUUUCCCCCCUCAGCUUGCUCCUUUCUCCCUCUGCGCUGUUUCCUUGAAGCUCGCAGAAGCUUCUCAUCCUUCUGGCCCUUUCCCAGAUUUGAUUUAAAUUGGGCGACUCUAGAAAUUAGUAGAGGAGGAGACACAGCCAUGGACACAGACACUGUGAUCACACAAACCUCACUUCCUGAAGACGCCCUGCUUAAAAAGAGGAGGGGAAGACUGCAAGGAUGAGAGAUUGUAGGUUUGCGAUAGAAGCCUUCAACUGUACUGUACACUGUUUUGAUUUUUAAGGGUUCUUUUUGGUGGCUGUUCAGAAGUGCCGUUGACUUGUUGAUUUAUUUAUU